CUUACGUGUACUCGACGAAACCAGAGUGAUUUAAACAUUUUAUAAUAUUACGUUACGUCACAGAAUGACCGACUGUCCGAAAUCACAGUGGAUUCUCAUCUUAAUUCUCUGCAUCGUUCAAAUAGUCACCGGUAAUUAUGGUUUAUGGGCAGAUUGGUGGUCGUAUGAAGGUAUAUCAGGUCCAGAGUAUUGGGGUUUGCUGUAUCCCGACUGGCUGCUAUGUAGUAAAGGAAGGAACCAAUCACCAGUAAACGUUGAUCCCAAAACCCUGUUAUUUGACCCCAGUCUAGAUCACAUAAUGUUUAAAGGGAAUGAGUUUACGGGCUAUCUUGUCAACAAUGGCCAUGAUAUUACCUUCGACAUAGAAGAAUUACGAUGGAAAGGGGUGAAUAUAACAGGAGGCCCUGUCUCUUAUAAUUACAGAAUUAAAGAAAUACGACUUCAUUUUGGAACCGAUGAUAGUUAUGGUUCCGAGCAUUCCAUAAAUGGUAAAUCAUUUCCUGCAGAGAUUCACAUAAUGGCCUAUAACUCGGAUUUAUAUUCUAAUAUCACUGAAGCAGAGAAAUCGCCCAGGGGAAUGUUGAUACUAGCUAUCUUUGCUCAGACUACAGAUGUGACACAUGGCGAAUUUGAAAUAUUAGUUAAUGCCAUGAAUAAAACCAAAUAUAAAGACAGUACCAAAGUUAGAGAAUUUUAUCUCUCACGUCUGCUUCCACCAACAGAUUAUUACAUCACUUACGAAGGUUCUUUAACUCAUCCGGGUUGUUAUGAAACAGUAACCUGGGUUAUUUUAAAUAAACCAAUAUACAUCAGCAAAAAACAGAUAGAUACAAUGAGAAAAUUGAAUCAAGCUGGUCGUAAGAACCCACAAAUGUUAAUGGCGGGUAAUUUACGACCUCGUAAAGACGUCAAUCAACGAACAAUCAGAACUAAUAUAAAUUUUCAUAACCAUAAAUGUUCAAUGGUCCAACAUAUGUAUUAUUCAGUAAAUAAUAAAUACGCGGAAACGUGACGGGCCAAAUCUUAAAAGAUGCCUUAUAAGGUUAAAAUCUACGUCACUUGGAAGGGAGAUGUACAUUUGAUUCAUCAUGAUGUUGAUUGUGAAGGAGAUGGUCGAUAUAACUAUUUGGAGGAGAUUUAUUUACUUCCUCUACAGUCAACAUGCAAUAUGAUGACGAUGUGCAAAAAAGGUUGCCAAACAAUCAAAACUAUAUCAAUAGCUUUUUAAACGAAAAAGGAAUCCAGAGUGCUUUAAAUUCUGUUAGCGCCUUAAAUGUGUGAAUGAUUAGGAUGGAGGUCUAAAUGAGACAAUUACAACGAAUUUAUCGAGUAUUACCGUGACUGCUUAUUUCAAGAGAAUUUGAGCUGCGACACCUACGAACAAUUUGAGCUGCGACACCUACGAACAAUUUUUUUUAAUCAAAAACGGUGCCGAUCAUUCAUUUUUGAUAUCUUAGCCCCGAGUGAUUUUGCUUUUAGACAAACAAAUUAAAAUUACGUGUUGUGUUGUGAAUUAUUUGUGUGUGUGUGAUUAAAUCUAUAAUAGAGUUUGCUGUGAAUUUGAAGCUGUGUCUAUAAUGUGAACAGAUUCAUGUGUUACUUAUUUCAAGCCAGUGUAUCAAUUUUAAAACUUGAUAUGGCCGUGUUUUAGUUUUCCAAAACAAACGAAACGAAUGGUUUUUAAUUGUUCUUUUGAUGACAAUUAAAAAUGUGAUCACAAAACAAUUCACGUUUAAUCUGACAGUGAAUAGAAAAAAUAGUAGAAAAUUAUUAUAUUGUAUAUUUUCACUCUAAAUGGCUUUAUUGAA